AUGACGGGUAGAGACGACGCAGUACCUGCAGAAAAGUUUUUUCGCUUCUCAGAAAAUGGUAAUGGUCCAUGGGAAAUCCAUCGACCACAAUCAGUAAUCAUGAGUCUUGUUGAAAAAGAUCGUUUCAGUGGUGAAGUGCUCGACAUUGGCUGCGGUAUUGCUGACAACACAAUCUAUAUUGCCAAACAUGCAAAUAAUGUUCAUGUCACAGGGUUUGAUUUAGUUCCAAAGUCCAUUCAGAUUGCUCGUGAAAAAGCCGAAAAGAAUCAAGUAAACAUUCGAUUUGAAGUUGUAAACAUUCUUGAUGAUCUCUCAAAAAUCAGUACCAUCAAACAACAUUCAUACGAUACUGUUCUUGAUGCAGCUGUUUUUCAUUGUUUUUCCAAUGAAGAUCGACAACUUUACAUGAAAAAUCUCGAAUAUUUGAUCAAACCUGGUGGUUUAUAUAUUCAAUUGUGUGCUAGUGAAAAGGAAACAUAUGAUAAAGGACCACGUCGUUUGAAAAAGGCCGAUUUAAAUGAACUAUUUUCAUCGAAGAAUGGUUGGACAAUUGAAUCAAUCGACGAUUCAGUUUAUGAAUACAUACCUGAUGCUCCAACGGGACAGAGAGCCGAAGCUUAUCUUUCACUAUUUCGACGAGAUAAUAACAUUUGA